AUGGGGUCAUCAGAGGUUAAUGGAUCACCCACACGAAGCAGAUCUUCAUGCUUAACUCUCUUCUGCAUUCUCAAUGGUUUAACUUGCGUUUUUGGUAUAUGCAUACUUGCAGGCACUGCCUGGCACUUUGACGAGGCAUUAAAAUGGUCCGUCGCUACGCCACUUCUUGUGUUUGGAGCUCUUGGUUGCAUUAAGGUUUCACUGUUACCUUUCAUCUUCAAAUGCUGUAAUGCGAUUUUCGCUUUUGCAUACUUAGGCGUGAUCUUGGCAGUAGCAAUUGCGGACUUUUCGCUAGGAUUUCCGGUAAUGUUUAAAGUUGGUAGAGUUGGUGAAGGUGUCGCCGUAAGCUUUUUUGGCUUGACUGAAGCAGUACUCUUAGUCUGUGCCUUUGUCGAAGUUCAGAAUAGAGACGACAGAUAUUAA